AUGGGCGACACACGUCAACGUGAUCGCGGCUACGACAGUGCAUCAGACGAUAGCUACGACCAACGACCACGACGAAGAAGAGACGAACGAGACCAAAGAUAUCAGCGUGACGACCGCGGCGACAGGAGAUUGCGACAACAAAACAAUCGCGAGGAUGAACGACCACGCCGUCUCUCACCUCCAGGACAAAGCUAUCAUCCUCGCGCCGUAGACCCAACAUAUGUACCAUACCAAUCUUCAAAUGCGCGGCCAAGAGACACCGCACCACCUGCUCCCCAAUACUACGACACUUCACCACGACCCCCCUCUCGUGAUAACUACACACCCGCAUCUUCAAAUCGCGGUGGCCCCCAAGAAAUGGCACGGUACUCACGAGCCCAAGACCGCUCGUCCUCUCAUUCCCGCUCACGAAGACAUCGCCGCCACUCCUCCUCGUCCUCACGUUCCCGCUCUCACUCCGCAGGUCGCGAUUUCCACGACAGCCCCCUGAUGGCCCUCGACAGCAGUACCCUAGGUCUGGGAGCCGGUCUCGCAGGUGCCCUCCUCGGCGGCUACAUCGGCCGCGAAACCAGCGAGCGCCAUCAAAAUCGAGGCGCGGCUCUAGGAGCCAUACUCGGCGGCAUCGGCGCUAACAUCCUGGAAAACAGAGUUAGAAUCUAUAGGGACGAAAUGAAAGAAGAGCAGAGGGAGGCCAGGGAGAAGUGGGAUGCGAAGCACAAGGAAACCAGGAAAGAGAGGCGAGGAAGGAGGAUGGAGUCGCCGCAGAGGUGGUAG